UCCAUGUGGCUGCCUCGAGUAUGACCUCAUGCCUUAUCUGGUUCCCUGGUGACCCAGGUGCCCGGGCUCCGCUUUGGAACCCCACUGUUGCCCAAGGAACUUGGCAUUUGGGUGCUAGGUCUGGGGUCAUGGGGUGGUGGUGGGUGGCCCUGAUGCUGGUGCUGGUCCCCUGGCGCCCUAGAAAUGCUGGCUUGUGGCUGUGGGUGGCCCUGGUGCUCUGCCUCCCUGGGGUGCACUCCUGCCUGCUCUGCUUUGGGCCCCCCAAAAUGCGGCAACAGCUCUGCCGUGAGAUUACUGGGGCCUCUGCCAAGAACCCCAGAAAUAAAAAAUGCCAAGAGGCCCUUGUUGAGGCUGCUAAACCACUUGCCUCUGUCGCUGUGGGGGCGGGACAGCAUGACGAACUUCGAGACUUUGUCUUGGAUGCUCUGUAUUAUGUAGAGGAGCAAAAGAACAAGAAGCCCCUUAACAAGUCCCUGCAGGAAGCUGUCGACACAAUCUGGGUGAAGCUGAGCCGGAUGACGAAAGUUCCAGCCUGCAUCCCACCCUGUGGACUCCAGCCAGAUGCCCGUGUCUUCCAGUGUGCUACCUGCCACUUUGCGGACUGCGAGUUUCCCCUGGACUGCCCAGUGCAGGACCUGCAGACCUACACGGAUGAGACCAUCGUGCUGCUCUGUGAUGUGCCCUUCUCCUUCCCUGGCAACCUGCCCGUCACCUGGAUGUUUGUCCCAAAUCUGCGCACACAGGACAUGUCGCUGUUCAAGGAGCUGAAGGGGAAUCCAGAGAACCCCUCCAGCCUGACCAUCGAGGAGCCCGCUCCAGGAACUGUUGCCUGUCGCCUGGGGGAAGUUUCCAAGCCCUUUGCCCGCAAGUUCUUUUACCUCAACGUGUCAGAGGGGAGCGUGGAGGAAGAGAGAGGGCUCCAGGCUGUGUUCAGUGCUGUGCUGCACUGGCUCCACAAUGAGACCCCCCUGGUCCCCACACCAACAAUGGGGCUGGCACUGGGAGUUGCCUCCAUGGCACUUGUGCUGCUGCUGGUGGCCCUGUGGCAAUGUGCCCGCUGGACAUCCCGCAGGCGUGAACAACAGGGUACCCUGGAGGAUUCCAGAUCCCCGGAUUCACCCUUGGGACCUUAACACAUGGAUUCAUCCCCGAGGACCAACAUUUCUGCAUUUGUUUUUUUCGUGCUGGUUGUGCAAAUGGGAACAAGUCUAGAAACAGAAAUACAGAGUUCUGAAAAUCUGGA